UUUCUCCCUGUCCUGAGCCUAAAGCCUCCGAAGUUGGAGCGCUGCCCCGGAAGUUCUCCCCCGUCCCCUGCCCGCGGCAAACAUGGCGGUGGACUCGUCCAUGGAGCUGCUAUUUUUAGAUACUUUUAAGCACCCGAGCGCUGAGCAAAGUUCUCAUAUAGAUGUGGUUCGCUUUCCAUGUGUGGUUUAUAUCAAUGAAGUCCGAGUCAUACCCCCAGGAGUAAGAGCCCAUAGCAGUCUACCUGACAACAGAGCAUAUGGGGAGACAUCUCCACACACAUUUCAGUUAGACUUAUUCUUCAACAAUGUAAGCAAACCAAGUGCUCCAGUGUUUGAUAGGUUGGGAAGCCUGGAAUAUGAUGAGAAUACUUCUAUCAUCUUUAGACCCAACUCAAAGGUGAAUACAGAUGGUCUGGUGCUAAGAGGCUGGUACAACUGCCUGACACUGGCAAUAUAUGGAUCAGUGGAUAGAGUGAUAAGUCAUGACAGAGAUUCUCCACCUCCGCCUCCACCUCCACCUCCACCUCCCCAGCCACAGCCAAGUUUGAAAAGGAAUCCAAAACAUGCUGAUGGUGAGAAAGAAGGUCAGUUUAAUGGAAGCCCUCCAAGACCACAGCCACGAGGACCUAGAACUCCUCCAGGACCCCCUCCACCUGAUGAUGAUGAAGAUGAUCCUAUGCCUUUGCCAGUAUCUAGUGACAAGGAAGAGGAUGCGCCUCAUCGAGAAGAUUACUUUGAGCCCAUUUCUCCUGAUCGGAAUUCUGUUCCCCCUGAAGGUCAGUAUUCUGAUGAGGGAGAAGUAGAAGAGGAACAGCAAGAAGAAGGAGAAGAUGAUGAUGAUGAUGUGGAUGUAGAGGAAGAAGAGGAUGAGGAUGAGGAUGACCGUCAUACAGUAGACAGUAUCCCUGAGGAGGAGGAGGAAGAUGAAGAGGAAGAAGGUGAAGAGGAUGAAGAAGGUGAAGGGGAUGAUGGUUAUGAACAAAUUUCCAGUGAUGAAGACGGAAUUGCUGACUUGGAACGGGAAACCUUUAAAUAUCCAAACUUUGAUGUUGAGUACACUGCUGAAGACCUAGCAUCUGUCCCUCCUAUGACAUAUGAUCCAUAUGACAGAGAACUGGCACCACUCUUAUACUUCAGCUGUCCCUACAAGACUACUGUUGAAGUUGAAAUCAGUAGAAUGAAGGAUCAAGGUCCAGAUAAAGAGCAUUCAGGGGCAAUAGAAGCCUCAGUGAAGUUAAUAGAACUGUUAGAUUUAUACCGGGAAGAUAGAGGUGCAAAAUGGGUAACAGCUCUAGAAGAAAUUCCAAGUUUAAUAAUAAAAGGGUUAAGCUAUUUGCAAUUGAAAAACACAAAGCAAGACUGCCUUGGCCAGUUGGUAGACUGGACAUUGCAAGCUUUAAAUCUACAAGUAGCCUUUCGCCAACCCAUCGCCUUAAAUGUCCGACAGCUGAAAGCUGGGACCAAAUUAGUGUCCUCAUUAGCAGAAUGUGGGACUCAAGGAAUCACAGGAUUGCUCCAGGCAGGAGUGAUCAAUGUAUUAUUUGAGCUCCUAUUUGCUGAUCAUGUUUCAUCUUCUCUUAAGUUAAAUGCUUUUAAAGCUUUGGACAGUGUCAUUAGUAUGACAGAAGGAAUGGAAGCUUUUUUAAGAGGUAGGCAGAAUGAAAAAAGUGGCUAUCAAAAACUUCUGGAACUCAUACUUCUGGAUCAGACUGUGAGAGUUGUCACUGCUGGUUCAGCUAUUCUUCAAAAAUGCCAUUUUUAUGAAAUCUUAUCAGAGAUUAAAAGACUUGGUGACCAUUUAGCAGAAAAGAUGUCAUCGGUUCCUAACCACAGUGAACCUGAUAAUGACGCAGAUGCUGGACUUGAGAGAACAAACCCAGAUUAUGAAAAUGAGGUAGACUCUUCUAUGGACAUAGAUCUUUUGGAAUCCUCAAAUAUAAGCGAAGGGGAAAUAGAAAAGCUUAUUAACCUCCUAGAAGAAGUUUUUCAUUUAAUGGAAACUGCACCUCAUACAAUGAUCCAGCCUCCAGUUAAGUCUUUUCCAACGAUAGCACGAAUUACUGGACCUCCAGAAAGAGAUGAUCCAUACCCUGUUCUCUUUAGGUAAGACGUAUGUGUCUUUUGGGAAAUAGGUUUCACAGAUCACUGGAGGUAAUGAUUUUGUUUUUAUCUGUUGGUAUAUAAUGUAUAAUUGUGUAAGGAUACUUGAUAUUUUAAAGUUGAUAGUAUUGAAACUGAGCAGUAUGUUACUGGGAAUGAGCUUAUUCAUGUGAGCACUUAACAGCAGAAUUGGGAACAUAAGAAAAAGAUAAUAAAUAAGAACAAUGCUUGUAUAGCAUGUCUGUAAGCAAAAAUAAAUGAGAAACUGCUUAGUUGCUUCUGGAAAGGUGGUAGAAAGGGAUGGC